ACGCUGUAUUUCUAGGGGUUGAAAAUUUUCAGGGAACAAACCUCGAUCGUCGCUGUUAACAAGCCUUCUCGCUUUGCGCUGAGACAAGUCUCGACAAAUACACAUUCCCACAUCGGUCCAGCCAUCUCAGAGAAGGUUCUCGAUUGAUUGAAUUCGUUUUCAGCGUGGAGCGAGAUCGUCGGCUUUGUGGAGGGAUCUAGAUCUUUGUCUUUGGAGAGAGCUCAGUCUCGCCUCAGAAGCUUUCAUAAUUUGAGUUUGGGAAAACUGUAAACCAGUUUUUGCCGAGUUCUCGUUGUUGGCGGUGCAAUCCAUCGUAGCAGCAGCAAUCAAGCAACAAGAGCACACAAGCAAGUAGCCUUCGCCAUGUCAGGACGUGAUCGAGGAAAUCGAGGUGGCGGUGGUCGGUACCAUGGUGGUGGCGGCGGCCGUCAUGGAGGACGACAAGGAGGACGAGGAGGCGACAAUUACCAUGGUGGCCGUGGAGGCGACAAUUACCACGGUGGACGCGGAGGAGGAGGACGCCAUGGAGGCGGCCGUGGAGGAGGAGGCGGCCGUGGUGGCGGACGCGGAGACCGAGCUCCUGAUCUCUCGGGCGUCACGAGUCUGUUGUCCAACAUUGUCCUUUCAUCCGUGACGCCAAACUUUAGCUUUUUCAUGUACUCCAUCGAUUGCAAAGAUCGCUCUGGCAAGGGCCUCGACAGCUUGUCUCGCCGUGGAACUCUCUUCAACGAGGCCAUCUGGAAGACUUUGUUGAAGGAUAUGCCCAAGAAACAGCUCACGGAUCUCGAGCGCGUGGUGUUUUUCAGCGGAAGUUUCUUCUACUCGGCUCGACCUAUUCCUGGCCUCGAGGAGGCUAAUCUACCCAAGGAGCUCUUGGAUGGCAGCAAAACCGAUGGCGACAGUUUUGCCGUGCAGAAGGUCUGGCAGUUCACUGCUCCCAAGGAGAUACUCGAAGCUCCCAAGGUUGUGCCUUCUGGAAGCAUCGUUUGUGACCACCGCUGUCAAGAUUGCACCAAGGCAUUUCCUGACAUUCGUGGUCUUUUGCAGCACUGUCAAGAGACUGGCCAUCGUCCUGUCUUUGAUCCAAAAGAGGCUGGUGCCAAGGCAGCCGAGACUCCAGUCUUUCUGAGCUAUGUCAACAUGGUCUUGUCACGUGCUCUGUCGGAACGUCUUGCCAAGUGGGGACGAGAGUACAUUGAUCCUACCAAGAGCCACGAGGCGACAGACCGACAAGGGAACAAGCUUGGCGUCAUCAUCUACCAAGCCUACAGCGCGGAGUUUGGACUCGUUCGUCCAAAGGGACCCAACAAGGCUCACUUGGCACUCACCGUCGAUCUUCGAGCGAAGCUCCUGCGCAGUCAGAGUGUCCUCGAUGUCAUUAGUGAUGGCCAACCCGGUCGCAAUUUCUCUCAAAAGGACCAGGACCGUAUCAAGCGUCAGUGGAUUGGCGAGACGGUCAUUUACAAGAUUGACAAGAAGACCUAUUCUAUUGUUGGCUUCAAGUUUGACCACAGCGCUGCGUCUCUUCCUGUCGAAGGUUUGGAGAUCAGUGGAAAGCCGGUCUCUCAUGCUCAGUAUUUCAAGGACCGCAAGAACAUCAAUCUGCAGUAUCCCAACGCCAAGCCCAUGGUCGAAGUGUUGGGGAAGCGCAAGCAAAAUAUCUUUUUGCCGGCUGAGCUCAUCUGCGGCAAUGAGUUGGAUCGCCGAGUGAAGGAAAUGCUCCCCAUGAUUGCAAGCUACAAGCCCGAUCAGCGAAACGAGGCGAUCGAGAAGAUCAAGACAUACCUGCUUCCCGGAGCUCAAAAGACCAAAGGAGCUGGAGGCCUCCUUCCAGCCUGUGGUAUUGUGAUGAGUGAAAACCGACUUCAAGCAAAAGCUACGGUGAUGCCAGUGCCCAUGUUGAUGGCCGCUGGGGUUCAGAUCCCAAAAGAGAAAUCCGAAAACUGGGCUCCUGUGCUUGGCCGAGCCAAGUUCAAUGUAGAGGCGAAUCGCUCGACACAACUCAAACCAGUUGUUUUCUUCAGCAAGAAACUCAAAAAGAGUGGAGCCCAAGAUGUGUACAACCGCAUUGCCAAACUUGUCAACGACUUCAAGACAAGCUACUCAUUCAGCAUGGCUCCAUUGGCACUGAUUGAAACAGAGGAACAAGAACGUCAUUGGGGUGCUGUGGAGCGAUACUUUUCUGGAGGUAAUAAGUCAAACAUCUUUGUCCUGGACUUUACAAAGCCGCGAGGUACUCUUGAUCCGGCUUAUCCGGUCAUCAAGCAAAUGCUGACCAAAUCUGGCUACUUGAGCCAGUUUGUAAAUUUCAAUACGUACCAACAUGACCAGCCCCGGGAUAUGAAGCGCAGCAGCAUCAUCCUGCAAGGCGUAGCACGGCAAAUUCUGCAAAAAGCGGGCGUCCGGUUGUGGUGGGUGCAGCUCCCCAAGGAAAUCCCCCUCCCCGCAGUGUUUGUUGGAGUUGACGUGUUCCAUGCUCCUCGUGUGUACGACCCUGUCCAGAAACAACGUGUGGCCAAGGCAUCCUGUGCUGCCAUUAUCGUGCAGGUGGUUCGUCCGGGCGACCAGAAACGACACAAAGUAGAGAUUUACUCGGAGACCGUUGCGCGGUCUGCUGGUGAGGAGUAUGGUCUCCAAGAUGCGCUGAGCUCGACUAUUUCCAAUGCCCUCCGCUUUUUGAAGGUGAAUCCCAUGUGUUGUGUGGUGUGGCGUGACGGAAUUGGCGAUUCGGCAUUCGACACUCUUGCCUUCGAAGAGAUUGCUGGAAUUCGACGUGGAUUGGCCGGAGGGCAGAAGCUUGUGGGGGCAGGACAGCAGCAAUCUGCACCAGUUCCCCUUUCUUACAUUGUAGCACAGAAGCGAAUUGCUACCAAGUUUGUGACCCGGGGAGUGCAAGGCCACCCUGAUGGGAAGUUUGGAGCCCCACCAGGAACACUAGUCGAAGGGAUCCAGGGAUUGCGAUACAACACCUUUUACAUUCAGGGCCGUGCACCCCCCUUCAGCACUCCAAAGCCGGUCCGAUUCGUUGUUGUUGAGCAAGACAAGCAACUGAAUCGGACCAGCAUGCCCUUGUUGACUUGGGCAAUGUGCCACGACUACCCCAAUUGGCCAGGACCAAUCAAGGUGCCCAGCGUUUGCAUGCAUGCUCACAAGCUUGCCGAACUGGGAGGUUCAAUGGUGGACUGUGGAAAAAACAUUGAUCACAAGGCGUAUGCCAACACUGUCCAUUUCCUCUAGUUUUGAUGGGUGUCUGCAUGGGCAUGUUGCAAAGUCUGGGUCUACUUUCUGGCUGGACCAUCAUCUCAUUAUUUCGUGAUUAAAAGGCCUCAGCCUCAUCAUCAAUCACUGGCGGUUCCUAAUACCGUACAGCAUAGAGGGGAGUAGUAGCGAUAUGACUCUUUUCAUAACAUAAGAUUGAUUGAAUUACCUUUUGCUC